AUGCCAAAGAAACCAUACGCGAAUCGAAAGUUGUGCAAAAUAUGCAACAUCUGGAUAGCAGACAAUAAGAUUCAGAGAUUGCAGCACGAAGAGGCCUCGAAGCACAAGCAAGCCCGAGCGGCACUCCUGAAAAGUAUUGCUGACAAGAACGAGAGAAAGGCAAAGGAGCAAAAACGUGAUGCCGCACUUGCUGCCGGUAAGACAGCGCCAGCGACUGGCGGUACCAAUGCGGCGACAGUCACUCAGCAACUGCUGGAGAAAGUAGCAAGCGCUAGUUCCCGACGAGCUGCAUCGGAAAAGUCGCGAAAGCGCCCUAGAGACGAUUCGCAUGGUGCUUCUAGCGAUAUAAAGACGGAUGCGCGCUCGCAAGAGAAUGGGCAAUUGCAGGACGAGGCAUUGGACGAAAACGGCUUUCCAUUGCCAGCGUCGGCCAUGUACGGACAGUGGCAAUCAGCCGAGGUUGAAAUCAACGAACAGGGCGCAGACUCGGUACAUUUAUACUGGGGCGAGGCAAAUGCGCCUUCUCAGGAGAAUAAUGACGAAGACAACGGUGACUUGCCGAAUCAAGAACAACCAACCGUAGAAACAGUAGAAGAAAGCGUCUCAAAGUCAACUAAGGAUGAGGGAAAAGGGGAAGAAAACAGCUUGGGAGUCGUUUUCAAGCGCCGACCAGGAAGACGAACAAAGCGAGCGCGACAACGGACAUCAACGCUGUGA